AUGACAAAAUUAAGUUCACUGAACUCCUUGACAUUAUUUACACAAAAAACCCCAAGGGUUGAUAGAAAAUUUACCAAAGAGAUUUCUCUGGAGAAGGAAAUUAUGUACAUGCAUAAGUCAGCAACGGGAAUUGGUGGAUGGAAGUUGAAAAUAAAUGAAACCGUCGUCCCCAUUCUUGCUAUUAAACACCAGUGCGGAACUUUAUUGACCAACUCUAAUGGUUUUCUUUAA